UCAGACACUGUAUAAAUGAAAGGACAGAAAGGAGAGCAGAACAAACUCCUAACAGAAGGAGACUCACUCAUGGCCUACGAGACAGAGGAUCAGGAGACUCAAUACUGCUUUCCUAACAAUAACUCUUCAUGCAUCAAGGAACAACGCUCCACUCAUGAAUACAACAUCAUGUAUGUGUUCUUUUUAUUGCUGUCAGCAUGGACUGUGUUUCUGAACCUGCUGGUGAUCAUCUCCAUCUCUCACUUCAAGAAGCUUCACACUCCAACCAACAUGAUUAUUCUCUCUCUGGCUGUCGCUGAUCUGUUUGUUGGACUUAUUGUGAUACCUAUAGAGGCCAUCAAACAGAUUGAGAAGUGUUGGUACUUUGGAGACACUUUCUGUGGACUCAAUGUAAUACUCACUGCUGUGCUUCUCUCAGCAUCUCUUAGUAAUUUGGUUUUAAUUGCUGUUGAACGUUAUGUUGCUGUGUGUCACCCUUUACUGUACCCACAGAAAAUAACUAUCACUAACAUAUUAUUGAGUAUCUGUCUGAGCUGGGUUUACUACUCCGCUUAUAACACUGUCCUUGUAGUUAAUAAUGGAUAUUUUGGCACUUUACACAGAAACAAAGUGUGUUAUGGAGAAUGUUUAGUCAUUAUUAGUUUUAGUUGGAUGCUCACUGAUCUGUUCAUGUCUUUUAUUUUUACCUGUAUCAUAAUGAUCACUUUAUAUUUGAGGAUUUUCUAUGUUGUUCAUCAGCAAGUGAAGGUUAUAAACUCUCUGAUGAAGGGUGGUAAAUGUGUAACGGAGGGUUCAGUGAAGAGGAAAUCUGAGAGUAAAGCUGCUCUGACAUUAGGGAUAAUUGUGUUAGUUUAUCUGCUUUGCUAUAUCCCAUAUUGCAUCUGUUCUGUAACUGUAAACUCUUCCACAACCAUAAAUGUUUUAAUGUGGAUUUUGUAUGCUAAUUCAGGUCUGAAUCCUCUGGUUUAUGCUAUAUUUUACCCCUGGUUUAAAAAGACUGUUAAACACAUCUUAACUCUGAAAAUAUUUGAGCCGGCAUCCUCUCUGAUCAAUGUUUUUAUUGAAGAUGAAUUGUAAUUGAAGUAGUAAAGCUGUUACUAAGAGGUAGAUAUUAUUAUGUGUGAUACUAUAAAUACUGUAAAUUAAUAUAUAACAUAUGAUAAUAAUCACAUUUAAACAAGUCAAUAUUAAACAUCACUUUUAAGAAUAAUAAAAAUAAAUUGCUAGGGAUAAUAUUGUUCCAUUUGUUUCUAACUUCAGCAUUUAUUUCCACUGUGUGCAUGUGGGGCAAAGGAGAUGUUUAAGGUAAACAGUAGCUAAUCCAUGAUGUAUCAGUCUUGUCAUUACAUUUUGAUUGAGCCAUCGAGUUUUUCCAAUUCACAGGUCACACAUGAAAACUGAAAUCAUUUUAUCCGAAGUAGUAUUGCAUUGCUUUAGUUGGUUUGUGUGUGUGAUUACAAUACUUCACACCUUUACUGAGCGGUUCAGUGAAGGAUUAUGAACAAGAACUAUAUCAAUCACACAUGACCAAAUCAAAAGAAUUGUAGUUGGUCCUCAGAGUUGUUACAUCAUUGAUGUUUUCACUGAUCAGUAAAAGUAAACAAAGACAGACC